CCUGCUUUGCCUGCCUGACUUCUUUCUAUAUUUAUUCCUCUGCAGCCGGUUUUUGCCUUUGCCUGUGGAACUGUCACAAACAUUUGUGCUGGCUUUUGACUGCACAGGACUUCAGCUUGCAAGUCCUAAAUCUGCCUUUGUGCAUGGUAGAGGAGCAGGUGUUUGUGUGCAUGGUUGUGCAUCUGUGUGUCUGAGCAUCCCUGGUCCUUGCUGUCUGCAUUACAUGGCCUGUGUCCCUGUGAUUCUGCAGCAGUCCCUCUGUUCUCUGCCCCUUCAAGAUGUUUUUAUGAAUCAAAUAGUCUCAGUCAUCCUGCUUAUGUAAUUUUUCAUUUAAAUUAACCACCCCUGACCCAGUGACUGCUUUAUAAUGAUCCAUACUGCUGUGCAGAAGGCUUAAGUCAGAUUUUAUUCCCAGGUUUCACUUCCCAAGCUUACUCCUGUGGCAAGGAGGAGCAUUUGUGUUGCCAUGUAGCAGGGAACUCCUGGUUAGGCUGUGGUUGGACAUAGAUGUGUCCAUUCCUCUGGUUUCUCUCCUCUGUGUUGUUUGGGGUGGAAGGUGUUCUGAAACAGAGUUGCUGAACACAGGUGCUUAGAUGCCUCUGUUUAAAGUGAGCACACUAGCAGGGGAGAAAGUAUAAAGCUGGGAAAAGGAAGGGAGAUCCUAGUGGUGUCCUGGGGAAGUCAAGCUGGGGAGUAGCCAUAGUGUGGGUCUCCAUCAACAAGUGCAGCCCGAGGAGCCAUGCGCUCGUUCCUGGUUUGAUGGGUAUAACUUCCACAUGCUGAAAAGCAGUGCUGGGCUGCCUGCCAGGAGCUGGGGAAUGGCUUGUCCUCAUCUGCUCAAGCCCCUGUGCUCCCACCCGUUAUUAACAGCUCUCUUCUCUGCUGAAAUGGGAGUCCUCUAAGGUCACAAAAGUGUUAGUCCCAGGUUUCAACCCCAGGAGCCAUAAAACGUACCCUGCCUGACCCCUCUUCAAAGGCAAAGGCAGUGUGAGCAGCCCUCACUCCCCUGGGUUUCGUGUCCCUGUCCCCACCAUGUGUGCCACUGCAGCCUGCAUUCCUCUCCCAUUCCGUAAGCUCUCUGCCUCUCGUGCUGACACAGCUAAUGUUUCUCUGCUGGCAGGGCAGGCAAGGUGGUGGCGUUUAACUCUUAGGGAGAGCUUUGAUCUGUUCAACUCUGGUGGUACACCAGAGGUGUAAGGGCUGGUCUGCAUCUGUGAUGGGGUUUUUGCUCUUCCACGUGUUCCCCAUCCCUUUUCUGCUGGAAAACUUGAAUCAGAGUUGGUAAAACCUGUACAAACCUGACACUUUUUACAUUGGUUUUGUGAGUAGCUCCUGUUUCUGACCAUGGAGAAAUCUCCAGGUAACCCUGCUGCUGGUUGGAGCACACAGCUCCUGUGGGGGGUUUUAGUGGGCUUUUGGAAAAAAAUAAUUAAUCAGCUACCCAUGGAGAGCUAGUCCCAGCCUGCAAUGCACUGAGGUUGUCCUGGAGUACCACUUAGUGCCACUUGGACUGUUGACUUUUUAAAGCUGCCUUUAUGACCACCAGUGUAAUGAAUGUGUGCUGGUGCUGCCUGGCAAGGUUGACCUUUUUGCAGUGGUAGCAGUGGUUCACUGAGUUAAAUGUGGGUGUAUUCUAAAAGGCAGAGAACUUUUGUUACUUGUUAAAGCAAUGGUUUAAAUGGUUUCUGUCACCUGUGAGUGCUAAACUCUUGUUGCCACGGGCCCAGACCCCUGCUCAGUUCCUGGAGAUAAUUGCAGAGCCUCUGUCACUGCAGGAUUUCAGCUCCUCCUGAAGCCUGUGCCUCAGUACCAGUGAAAGCCAGAUGUACUGUAAUGUCGCUUUUUUACAGUUUGUUUUGGCCAUACAUGGGCAGAGUCAGCUCUGGAAUUCCUUCCCUAUAAAUUCAAUAGCAUCUUGUGGGUGGUGCUGGGGAAUCACUCUGGUCUGGUUGGAUCGCCUUGCCUCGGCAGCCUGUUUGCCUUGAAAAUGUCCUGCUGUGCACAUUCCUGAGAGGCUGCCUGCCCCUGGAGCCAUGGCUGCAGCUACCAGGAGGCUGCUGGCCCAUGCUGGCAGGCAGAGUCAGCUCCUGCUGCCUGCAGGUCAGCCUUUGCUGCUGAGGACUGAUGCUUGAGGCAGUGCUGGCAUGGGGAUGUUGCUCUGGUGUGCAUGCAGGCUCUGCAGGGAUAGUUAUGCCCUCGAAGAAAACUGCCUGUUAAACUUGUGUGUUUGAGCAUUGACAUUCAAGUCCCUUUUCCAAGGGUAGGGAGACUGGGUGCUCCCCAAUUCUCACCUGACAUGGGAUACAGUGAUGUGUGUCCCAGCAGGGAUUAAUGGGUGCUGUCAUCCUGGGAUUCCUUGUACCUGCAUGGAUCUUGUCUUGUCCUUCAGUUUGUGCCUUUCUGCAGUGCUAUAUUUUGUUUUUAUGGGUUUUUUCCCAUAAUGCCAGUUCAAGUACAUGCUGUUUGUGAAGCACUAGCUUGAUGAGGCAGGUCAGGGGAGAUUUCCCUGUGCCAGGUGAGCAGCCAGUGUGGGAUGUGGUGUGACUGAUAAUUGAGCCUGCCUUCUCUGGGCCAAGCUGAUGUUGCUGUAACCACAGUCUGAAUCUGCCUAUUUGCCUUCACAGAACACUAAAAAGCAGUUCUAGGAGGUUUGCUGCUGGUGAGUUGAGGUAUGAAAGAGAGGUUUGUUGCGGGGGCUGAGCAGCAACAACUUCUGGAGUUGCUCCCAUUGAAUCUUUCUGUGCGUCCCUAGUAGGGGACAGAGAUGCAGUGUCACCCAUCAUGCCAGGAGCCUCCGAAGCACAUUUGAAGGUGAUUAUGUGUGGCCCCAUGUCCAGGCUCUGUGUAGGUCAGCAAAGGCAAUGUGCUCAGCUCAUGCUUCAGAGGGGCAAGUCAUCCCUGUGCCAAAGCCAGGGAGAGAAGGGUGAUUUUUUUUUUUUUGACAUCCUUUGGAGUUUUGAUCUCCAUAUUUGGAAAUGUUUACCCAUUGCUCUGAUCUAUUGCAAGGGAGGGGAGGUGACUCAGGGUCUGGUGGAAGCAGGAUUUGAAUUCCUGUAGUAAGGUUUUUUUUUUUAAUCCCCCCCUUUCUUGUUUUGGAAGCUUGUUGUGGUCAGUUUUCAGUUCUCUCUUGCUCCUGGACCUUGUUCCAAAUUUGAUGUGCUCGAGAGGGAAACAUGUUAGCAAAGGAGCUUGCCUGAAUGCUGAGUACUUUGUAACUGCGUGUGCCUGAAUGCAUCAACCUCUGGAGGUGAGCACCUUGCCUUGAAACAGCCUCGUGAUAUCCACGUGCCUUCUCUCUUGGGAGGUCCCUUGGAAGAGCCUGUCUGUACGUCUGACUGGGUGCCUGACAGGGCUGCCUUGCUUCCAGACCUGAACCAUGUCCCACCCAUCCUGGCUGCCUCCCAAGAGUACCAACGAGCCUGUUGGCCACGUUACUGCAAGGAUGGAGACCACACACACCUUUGGGACUCCCAGCAUCUCUGUGUCCACCCAGCAGACCCCAAAGAAGUUUGCACCUGUGGUCGCCCCCAAACCAAAGUACAACCCAUACAAGCAGCCAGGAGGUGAUGGGGACUUUCUUCCUCCCCCACCCCCUCCUGUGGAUGACCUUGGGAACAUCACAUCAUCACAAGGUGCCUUUCCUCCCCCACCCCCUCUGGAUGAUGUUACUUACAAUGUACAGGUGAAUCCUGGUGGCAAGACACUUGAAGAGAGGCGGUGCAGUUUAGAUGCAGAAAUUGACUCCCUGACCAGCAUCCUGGCCGACCUAGAGAGCAGCUCUCCAUACAAACCUCGGACUCAACAGGGCUCUGGGACCUCAAGCAGCUCUGCUGCCACCACUCCAUCUGUGUCCACUCCUGUCACUGGCCACAAGCGGAUGAUCAUCCCCAACCAGCCUCCCCUCACCGCCACCAAGAAAUCCACUGCCAAGGGCCCGGGGCAGCCAGCGCCCAUCCCGGUCACUCCCGUUGGCACCCUGAAGCCGCAGCCAGUGCCGGCCUCCUACGCCACGGCCUCCACUCCGAGCCGCCCGGCCUUCAACGUGCAGGUGAGGACGGCGCAGCCCAGCCCGCACUACCAACCGCCCAGCCAGCAGCCCGGGCACUACGGCAGCCUGGGGCCUGGCCAGCCCUACGCCCCCGCGCCGUCCCGCCAGCCCACUGGCCCUCAGUACAGAGCGCCGCAGCCCCAGGGGCCCGGCUACGGCUACGGGCCUCCGCCCGGCCGGCCCGCCGAGCCGGCCUACGGAUACGCGCCGCCACAGGGCCGCUACCAGGACCCCUACUACGGGGGGUACGGCGGCAGGAACGGCUCCGAGGCGCCCUACGUGCCGCAGAGCUCCUGGAAGGCCGAGCCGGCGUAUCCUGCGAGUAAUGCCAUGGGCCAGGCUCCCCCUGGGCUCUACCAGCCACAGGGCACGAAGAAGACCUACAUCACUGACCCGGUGCUGGCCCCGCAGCCGCCCGCCAUGCAGCAGAAGAGUGGGUAUCCAGGCUCUGGACCUGCAUCAAGCACUCCUGCCUUCAGGCCUGAGGAUGAGCUGGAACAUCUGACCAAGAAAAUGCUGUAUGACAUGGAGAAUCCUCCGUCUGAUGACUACUUUGGACGCUGUGCCCGCUGCGGGGAGAAUGUUGUCGGAGAGGGCACUGGUUGCACAGCCAUGGACCAAGUCUUCCACGUGGAGUGUUUCACCUGCAUAAUGUGCAACACCAAGCUGAGGGGACAGCCCUUCUACGCCGUGGAGAAGAAAGCCUACUGUGAACCCUGCUACAUUAAUACACUGGAGCAGUGCAGUGUCUGUGCAAAGCCCAUCAUGGAAAGGAUCCUGCGAGCCACUGGGAAGGCCUACCAUCCCCACUGCUUCACCUGUGUGAUGUGCCAUCGCAGCCUGGAUGGGAUCCCCUUCACUGUGGAUGCUGGUGGCAACAUCCACUGCAUUGAGGAUUUCCAUAAGAAAUUUGCCCCGAGGUGUUCUGUGUGUAAGGAGCCCAUCAUGCCAGCCCCGGGACAAGAGGAGACCGUGCGCAUUGUUGCCCUGGAUCGUGACUUCCAUGUCCAGUGCUACCGGUGCGAGGACUGUGGUGGCCUCCUGUCUGAAGGGGACAAUCAGGGCUGUUACCCUCUGGACGGGCACAUCCUCUGCAAGACCUGCAACUCUGCUCGGAUCCAGGCUCUGACUGCCAAGGCCAGCACUGAUCUCUGAGUAUCAACUGUGACCCUCCCCAGGAUGCCCAUUGGGGGAUAUUGCACAAGCUUUGCAUGAUUUCUUUCCAGCCUAGGGUCUGAAUCUCUGUUAUUGAAAAAAAGAAAAGAAAAAAAAAAUAAAAAAAAAAAAGUCAAACUGGAAGGCCAUGGAACAAGAGGGCAGUUUGGGAGGCCAUGUUCAGACUGCCCAUGACAGGCAUCUAAUUUAGACACAACUGUCCAGGAGGGCAGUGAGUGAGUCACAGCAGCUGCAGCUGAUGGAGUUAAGGGUCACAGCACCUAAGUUAUCUGCCUGUAUAAGGAGGUCUGAACAUGGUCCUUACUGUGCUUCUGUGUUUGAUUCCUGUUUCUUAAGUACAUGAAGGUAGAGGGUAAAGGAUGGCUGAAGUAGUUAUUUCUUCCAAAUUAUUUUGAGAACCUGAGCAGCUCUCAUUGAAGUCAUGGGACUUCAAUGUCUGCUGAUGACUUUAACAGGAUCUGUGUCACCAGCAGAAGUAGCUCCACUGUCCUAGAAAGUGUGAGAGUAGACCCAACAUUAACACAAACAGUGCAACUGCAACUGUACUGCACCUGAGUGCAGGUGUGAUCUUGUGUCCUUGGGACACAGAUUGGUCAUUUCUUAGGCCCUUACUUGUCUCCAUUCCCUUCCAGUUCAAUAGUGUUUUUCUUUUACUCAUGAAAGUCUACUUAGCUAUUGCAUAAAUUUAUUCAGUAGUGAUGCUUCCAAUUCACAAUGUAUGAGCAAUCACAGAAAGAUGUGAGCUUGCACACACUACACACACACUACACACUACACACACACAAGAUGCUUUUGAUUUACCAGAGGCAUAAGCCAGUCACGUCCCUUGAGAAGGUAUUUAAGGGAUGUGGGGCUGGAAACACAUUUCUGAAAUCCCAGUGGUUAUAAAAAGAUAAAAAUGACUACACAGAACUGCAGUGCAAAGCGAUGCUCAAAAAAAUCUUACACCACUCUCUCAUACAGCCCAUUCUAGUGGGACCACUGGCAGUGUUGGUCUCUGGGUAGACAUUCAAGCAAUAAAGUCUUUUUCCAUCUCCUGUUAUUACAGUGGGAAGAUUUUCCUUCAGCAGUAACAGGGAUUGAAUCAGGCUUUGGGAUGAUACACAUUUCUCUGAUGUUAACACAUGUGAACUGUAUUUUUCAAUUUAAAAAAUCAGGUCUUGUUUCAACAACAGCAAAAAAAUAAUCCUAAAUACAUGUUCAGUUUUCAUCCUAAAAAAACUAAAGAAGUUAUUAAACCCUUCACUAUGCCAUUCCAGAAAGCAGGCAAUUUUUUUCCUCUUCCAUUUUCAUCCCAGCCACUUUUAACUUGCCUCUGUGAAAUUCAUGGCAGUAGAGUGCUGGGCCAGCAGCAGCAUUUUCAUCUUCAGUCCAGAAUCAAUAUCUAUCCCAAGGUAAAUAAAAGCUGGGUACAGAUAAUACUUUUUUUUUUUUUUUACAUGAUCAUGUGUUUAGGGUUUCUUUGGGUUUACUUUGGUUAAUUAAAAACAAAUCAAAAAAUUAGAAAUCCAUGGUAUUCUGAGCAGCUAUAAUAGUCUUGUUCAUGAAACCCAUAAUAACUAAGGUGCAAAUUACAUAGUGAGGGAGUAAUUUUCAUAUCACUGAAUUGACAUUAAUAUCUUAUUUGCAGAUGUAAUCAAGGAAAAUACCUUUCUUUGCACUUAAAUUAAGAAGCAGAACUGAAACAGUUGCAGGAUGAUUGACCAUAAAAGUGACAAAAUGUAACUUUUCAAGAGUAAGUUUCAAGAUCUUUAUUUCAUGCAUCUCGCUGAAAAACAAUGAGAAUGUGGUGCUUUCCUCUGUAUUAGGCUUCUGUUAUAGAGAAUAAUUAUAUCCAUUAAUGCUGAAAAGUUAGAUAAGCUGAACUGAUAGGAAACAAAGGAAAAAUUGUGAUGUGAUACUGCAGCUCCUGCAUAUGGUACAUUUAUUUUCAGUUUAGCACUAACCUUUCUGGAAGAGCACUGUGAUAUUCAGUAGCUUCAGCUGUCUGUGGUAAAUUCAAAUACAGAAAUACCAUUCUGAAACCUCCGUUCCUUACAUGGUUUAUAUGUUGGCAAACUUCACCAGUGUCAGGGAAGUUUCCCAAAAUUCACAGCUUGCAAUGAAUCCUUCUUUGUAGAAGGGUGGCAUCAUUGAGCAGAAGACUUCCUUCACCACCGUAGGGGCUGUGCUGAAGCAGUUUGACUUUUUAUACUGGAUUUCUACCCUGGCCUGCAAGAAUGUUACUGCCUCAGACAUAAACAGAUUUUUUGGCACCCUGGCUCCCACCAGGUUCCACCAGGUUCCUGCUCCCCGAACCGUGGCAUGUAAGGUCCUUCUGAGCUCGCUUCUUGACACGCAGUCUGCACCACCAGCAGUCCCAAAAACCUUGCAAAUACUGAGCAAAUCUAGUUUGAACUAACCCUGCAAAAGCAGGGGAGGUCAGUGCUGGGAUACAAGCACAGGUGAUGCAUUUGGGUGCAGAAUGAGCCAUUCAUCAGGCAGAAAACACAGCUCUGAUCUUCCUUACUCUUGUGAGUGUUAAAUCAAGUGCCUGAUGAGACUCUCCUGGAUAACACUGAGGUAAUUGAUGGGAACAAGCUGCUGUGCCUUCCAGCAGAAAGUGGCCUAGACUGAGGACUCAAGUUCAGAGCCUUUGGGCUUUUUAUGGCCCUGCCAUAGGCUGGACUGGAGCAAGUGUUAUGGCUCCUUGUCUUCUGCCCUCUGCAUGAGACAGCUUCUUUGCAGUUUCCCAGAGACAUUAUGGGAUUAAACUAGUCACAGACUAGCACAAACUACUGAUUUCUGGAGCUCUGUUUUCUCUUUCCAGAAAAGUUUGCUGGUAUGUAGGCCUGGGACUCCAGCCCAUUUCAAUGCACGCGGCCAGCCAGGAGAUCCAGCUCUGAAUCCUCUCUGUUAUGAGAGUGCUGUGGUGAGUUGGGCUGGCAUGCAGGGAGGUGAGAGCCAAACUUUUCAAGCAUUAAAUACUUCAUGGAUGAAAUAUGAUUGACAAAGAUUGAACAGUGUUGAUGUUUGAGGUGCUGUGGCUGGUUUCUAGACCUGACACAUCUGUGCAAAGGUACUCUGAUGGGUUUUUUUUCACCCCUAGACACCAAAGCCAUCUGCGCGUUGCAAGGAGGCGGUGUCCAAAACCCCCUUCUUUUUUUCUGUGUGGUUUUGUUUUCCAAAAUUGCCAUAAAUAUAUUUGAAAGAUAUAGUAUCACACAGGCUCUCAUCACCCACAUGUAUAUGGAAAUCUCCCUGCUGAUGCUUUAGGACUUAAUAAGAAAUGCUGGUGGGAUUUAUCUCAAUUGCACUGCAAUUAAGAACCACUGGGAUAUGGCUUCAUCACAAUAUUUAUCACAUACUUAUAAUAUAUCAUAUUUAUCUGUUCCAAAGAAGGAGUCUUUUUGUCAAAGAGACUUUGCUUUUCUCAAGUUGGACCUUCUUAGCCAUGACAAAAAUCACAUCAUCUGUGGCUGUGGUAAUGUCCAAACUGUUCCUUUCAGAAAGAAUUGGAAGAUCACCCAAACAUUUCUGUUCAAGUCUGCAGUUUCUGCUUAUGCUGCUUCGUCUUUGUCUAGCAUUUGUUGGCAAGUCGGGCCUGAUCCCAUGAUUUCUGUGGCCAGACAGGGCCCAGGAUCAGGUUCUAAUUUAGCAAAAUAUUUAUGUCCCUGGGGUUUGUUUAAGUGCAGACUUAAAGCCAUUGCAUGGUGUGACAUAAGCCAUUAAUACCAGACUGGUUCUUUAUCCCCUGAUCACACAGGUUUUUGGGUAGGAUGUGGGCACAGUUAAAUUUCCAUCAAAUUAUCCAUAGCACAGGAAAUGGCUUCUGUGUCACCCUUAUGCCAACUGCAGGGGAACACCACAGCUGAUCAAAUGUAACAUUUGGAUGAGGUUGAGUUGUUACAAGAUGAGUGCUGUGUUGGGUGGUUGUGGUACCUUCCAUAUGUCACAAGUCGCCCUACAGCCAGAUUUACUGUAUCUUUGAGCAAUGGCUUUAGAACUCUCUACUUAAACUUUCUCCAGGAGAUUGGGUUGCCUUGGUUACAGCCCAAUCCUUAAGCACAUCCCCAAGGCUAACACUAAUAUUUUGUGAAUGUGAUGGUUUUAUUGUCACUUAUUUUAUUCAUUGAACGUUGCUUUUAAAAACAGAAAACCACGCCAGUUCUUUAGCCUAUCAGAUAACACACCUUUAAUUUUGGUUUGGGAGAGGUGUUAAUAUUUUAAUUCUUAGAUUUUUAUCAUGGCUGCAAAACACUUGAGUAAUGACUUAAUCAUAGAGGUGUGGGAGUACCAAAGUGUUUGUCACUCUACGUAAUAGUGUUCAUCCUGAUAGCAGGAGUGAGGCUUUCACAAAACACAGGCCUUAAGUUGACUUUCUGCCUAUCAGCAAAAUGUGCCUGAGAAGAAUGGAAAAAAAAAGUGGCUUUAAAGAAAUUGUGGUUGUUAAAGAGAAUAUGCAACAAGUCUGUCUGAAAUCUCUUUGGACCUGUUAUGGCUACUGCCUGGCUUAGGUUUGAUAGAUGCUGGUUCCUUUUGAUUUUGGGAAAGUCUGGAAGACAGGGAAUAACAGGACCCAAGGGAAGGUUCUUGAGAGAAAUCCCAUGUCAAGGAUAGAUGUUAGACACCUGGUGCUUGCACUGAGUGGCUCAGAAAGGGUUUUUAGUUGCUGACUGGUGUCUGAUGGUGCCUGGUUGCUGCAGUGGGGUCACAGUGUUUGGUUUUUGUUCAGCAGCCUGGGGGGACAGCACCUCACACAGGUUCAGUGCUGCAAGCUGGGGCUCUUGGAGAGGGGUGCUGAACCAUCCCACUGUGGUGAAAUUCCCACGAGAAAACACCAGCAAUGGUAGCUGAGGGUUGGUUGUGAAGGAGGGCAGGAACUGCUCCAUAACCUAGAGGUUAGUAAAAUACAGACCAAGAGAGCCAUGAGAACACUAUUUCCAGUUAGAGCUGGUUGCAAUAUUUACACUAAAUUACGUGAUAGCAGAAGGGCAAUUUUUUUUAAUGAGAAGUUCUCUCUUUUUGCAGUGUUACCCACAACAUUUUUUGGGGUUGUUUUUGCUGUUAUGAUUAAAAUUAUACUGAAUUUUUAUCUAAAUAAAUUUCAGAAUUGUUAACAAAUAUUUUUAUAUUUCAAAAACCCAUGACUUCUUUCACAGUUCUUUGUAGUUCUUGGGUUUCUUCUGCUGGUAAAUUAAAGUUUCUGUUACAAUUUUGAAAACUUUUUUGGAUAAUAAUUCUACUUAAAACCAAGGAAAUGUUCUUGGGGAAUGGUUCAGUAUUGGACCUGGUGAAAUAAAAAAAGCUUUGAAACUUUUUACAAGAUUUUUUUUCCUAUUUUUAACUAAUUUUGCUAAUUUUGAAGUCACUGUUUCCUUUGUUAGAACAAUCCAAGUAAUGUGACUCUUAAAAUAACAGUGUUACUUCUGUUGGAUUAAUUUUUCUUAUCCGUCUUAAAGCCAUGGAGUGGCUGGCUAUAGGGACUCCCAGUGUCUUUUUCUGUGGCACCUGCAAUUUUUUUCUUUGUUUUUAUCUUGGGGUCUUUUUCUGUUUGGUUUUUCCCCCUGAAAUUACUGAAGAAUAUAGGCACAUUAUGGCAACUGCCAAGAAAAUCAAGAGAUACUGAUUGAAUUUCAUCUCCUUUCCGGGCUUGGGAAUGGCAUUUCUCCUUCAACAUUUCUAGAAAUAUUACCUGUCUCCCUCAGCAUUUCAAGUUUGAAGUUGCAACAGUUGGUUGCCCAACUGGCAUUUUGAGCCUGAGAGAGAAGAGACUUUACACCUGUGAAAUUAUAACAUUCAUCUAGCAUCUGAAAAUGUAAGAGAAAAAACACAUCCUCAGUAAGUUUCCUGGUGGACCCUGAGGAACAGCUCUCACCUCAGCCUGGAAAUUUUCUGCUGUGCUCUGAACAAAAGCUGGUUCCACCCUUGCAGAGCAGUCUGGCACACACACACAUGUCAGGUGUUUGUGGGGCUAUAACUGAGCAGAAAUACAGGCUGCAGUAUUGACUGUUGCUACUUAGACUGCACUGGGCUUUAUUCCUGACUACGUGUCCCGGUCUCUUUGGCUUCAUGUAACGUGUGGAAGCACUGGGUUUAUCACGGGUAGCAAGAGCAUCCAGUUAAAACUUUUUUUUUUUCUUAAUUUUGCUAUUUGUCCAGUAUUCUUAUCCUACUUAGAUGUUUUAGAAAAUGAGGGAGGAAACAGAAGCCCCAGUGGUGGCAUUACCUUUACGUUACCAGGUGUUACAGUCCCUCCCCAGGAUCAUCACCCUUGGGGUGUCUCUGCUUUCCUGCCUCUGCCUCCCCUUGUCCACAAGCCUCUCUCUUACCCACUUUUUCCAUGUCCUCAAUGUGCACUCCUCUUUGCAUAGAGAUGGUUUCUUACUUACUUCACCGAGGUAUUGUGAGUCUUAGCUAGUAGUUGGAAAAACUUGUUCAGAUCUUUAAUCAAGUAGUUUUGUGCGUCCUUAGUAUCAGUGGCCUGCCAUAUGGAUAUCAAAGAAAAUUGUUAUAAUUAUUGCUUUUAAAAUGAUUAUGAAAUUGUGCCUUACUUUUUCAGUCAUAUUUAACCAUGUAAUUUAGAACCACAUGAUUGCAGGGAUUUACCAUGAAGAAAUAUGUUUGAAGGAUAGUUUGUUUUUUAAAUAUUUUUUUCCUCAAAAAUGAUUUUAUUAGCUUUUCCUCUUUUAUUUUUUCCUCCAGUUAUAUCCCUUUAAUAUGUUUGUGUAAAAGGGCAGCCAGAAUUUGCAUUUGUGAGAGACAGAAGAUUUUAUUUGGUCUUGUAUGUAGAGCUUUCAUUUUCUUUUAUGUUCCUUCAGGAAAAUUCCUCUCUCCCCAAUUACUCAUGCUGAGAUGUCUUUAAAUGCAGGCUGACCAGUAAGGGUUUUUUGUUGCUGUUUAAUUUAGAGUGUGGUUUGCUUUGUGGUUGUGGUUUUUCUUUUAAUUAACCAGAUAUGGGGUGCUGGGGAGGCAUUGCACAUUAAUGCAGAACGUUAAUGCUAAUUUUCACAGAAAAGACAAAAUUAGAGUCUUUCCCUGUCUCCAGUGCAGUUUUGUUACUGCUCUGUGUGCAACACUAAUAUUAAGCCAGACUGUAAAGGCUAAAUACUCAGAGUGACCUACUUCCAUUCACCAGCAAGAAUCCUUUGUCAGCUGACUCCUGUUUGUUUGUUCAUUUUUAAAUGUCGGAUUACAGAACGAGCAUCUCCUAAAGAUGAAAGAAAACAGUGUUUUCAUGUGCAGGAAAUUUGGGGUUGCAGCAACAGAACAUUUUCUUUGUGAAUUUGGAUGUCGUGGUGUUUUAAGCUCCUGCCUGGAGCCUAAAUCAAUUUGGCCUCUCAUCCAGUUCAUCUAACUGGUGCUCCUAAAAGGCUGCAGCCCUGCAAAAACUCAUGCAGCAUUUUUGGCUGCCUUCCCUUGCUCCCAUUUGGUACAUAUUUGCACAAUUUAACUGAGCUUUUCUUUCUGCUGAAGGUCAGAUGCAAGCGAUACGAAACACUAAACUUUAUAAACAAGCAAAACCAUUUCAACCACAGCAUUUUGGACUAGAAUGGGUUUUUAGGUGGCGCACUGUCUGCUGGCCUUUGGAGAGGGGAUCCUGAGACUGCAUUGGACUGGAACAGGAGGCAAAGCCACAAGCCUUGUUUUUUUUUUAAUAAACUACUUACUGUAAUCCAGCUACACAGUUUCAGCCUCACACUUCAGAAGAAGCUUCCAGUAGCUAUGCACGUACAGGCACUUUCUCUCUUGCAGAAAGUGAAACUUUCCCAACCAGAGUAAAUUUAACCUAUUGCAUAAGAUGCUGGAAGUUGGUUGUUUUUUUAUUUUCCUUGGGAGUCUCACUGUAACCUCUGUGUGCAGAGGAUGAAUAGCUUUUCUUUCUUCCCCCUCUUUUUUAUUUUUUUUUUCUGACGAGAUUAGAUGUUGCAUAUUGAUGAGCUAGCAUUUCAAAGGUCCGUGGGGCUUUGGAACAUAUUAAGAAUCUCUGAAGUUUAAUAUUCACCAUGUUUUAAAUAUUCAGAAGGAAAAAUCUGCAUAAAAUGGCUUUUGAUAAAUACGUUCUAGGGAUUCUUUCUUUCUCUCUUACACAAGCAUUGUGGGGAUUGUGGCUGUGCCACUUUUGUUCCAAAGCGUCUUUUCUUUCAGCAUUUCAGGAUCAUUUUGGUUCCAUUUGUAUGCCCAGUACCAGUCCUGAAGUCUGUUAUGGUUUCUGCUGGGACUGUACAGCAGGCAGGUGGAGGUGACCAAGAAAAAGGCUCAGCUGAGCAUUGGAGCUCCUGAAUAUCUGCUUGGGGGCUCCCUCCUGAUGACAGCUGGGCACAUCCAGCCCUUUUCUGUGCCUGCUUCUCGUGAUGGGGUUGGGAUCAGCCCAGUGGUCAGGCCCAGAUGAGACCUUUCUGCAAAGGUGCUCUAUACCAGUGGGGUUUUGAGAUUGGAAAGGGCAAUACCCAGGGUGCAGGAGCAAAGCAAAGUGUCAUUUGAUGCAUCUCAGAUCUCACAGGGCAGUCUCCCCUUCCUUGGAAGUCUCUUUGGUGAGAAUCUCAGCAGUAAAAAAAGUGCCUUUAGGAGAAAUCCUCCCCUGGGCAUGCUCUGUUUCUCAUGCUCAUGAAAAUCUGAUUCAGGCUUUAGAUGAGGAGGAUGAGUUGCUGGCUGCAGUGGUGCAGCUGUUUUGCUGUAUUUUCAACACAUGUCCCAUGGUACAUCCCAGGGUGUUGCAGGACAGCGCUUUGGUCCCUCUCACACCCAGCCUUGCCUUUGUCACACCAGUCCCUGUUGAAUCAGUGCCUGGUAUUUGUUCUCAGGACCGCUCUGGCUCAGGCCAAGGGCACCUCAUGCCUCUAUGCAAAAGGUGGUGCUUUCAGGUUUUACCUUACAAAUAAUGCAGCCCUUUCAAACUCACCUUUCUUCUCUUACGUAUUCUUGACAGAAGUAGGAUUUUAAAUAUUUCAUAGCAUUCUUCUUUCUUCUUCCUUUUUUGCCAGAUGCCUUGAAAACAUUGUCAGAUUACGAUCUGGGGGGGAUCAGGAUCAGUUUCCUUUCCUUCUUGAUUGCAUGGUGUAGGUUUGCAAUGAGGGUUUUGUCCUUUUUUCUUCUUUCUUUUUUUUUUUUGUUAGUCUUACAGAACAGAUGCCUUCAUUUUAUGCAGAGAAAGAUUGUCUAUGAUCAGAGCUAAUCCAGGAUGGCAGGAUUGGACCCCCACAGUGAAAGCUAGAAAAGUGAUUGCAAAAGUAUUCUGUUUCUCCUUUAUUAAUUGCACAGGAAGUUUCCACCAAAGGCUCAUGUAGCCCAACUGGCCUAUGUAAUAAGUAGCAGGGCCUGUAAUUACAGUCUGUCUUCUGAUCCUAGCUGUGCUCUGACUUUCUAGGCACUGCAGUUAUAUUUACAUCUGGUUCUCUGUCACCUUUCUAAAUUUUUGAUUGGUCACUAAGGGAAGGAGAGCAUGAGCCAUGAGCCCUGAGAGGUGCAGUGAGUACAAACGAGGGAGUCCUCCUCUCUCUCAGGUAUCCGCCUGAUUUGGGACACAGAGCACAAGGAGCAGGAGGAUUUUACCAGCCAUGCAGCAGAGGAAGUGGGCUGCCUGCCAACUGGGCAUCUUUCAAGACCUCAGAGUUCUUUAUAGGACUGGAAACUUGAACCUUUUACAGGUCUUAACUAGUGUACUCUCCUGUGAGAUAGUUCAUCAGCAUUUCUUUGCUCUGACUGUUCCUACAGGAUUUGACCUUUUUUCUCUGUAAGAUUCAAGGUUUUAUGGUUGCAAAAAGAUCCUUCCCCAUAUGGCAUGAGGAGGGAGAUGGCUGUUGGCAUCGAGCAGAAAGCUGUGUUACAAGUCUUGGUAUCAGUGUGGAAAGCAAGAGGAACUUGAGUGAGAGGGGGAAGGCAGUGAUUUACACGUGGUUCAGUACCAGGUUCACCAGCCCUGAGCACCAGUGAGCACAGUCUCAAGCAGAUGAGCUCCCUGGGGUGCCAGUUCUGAGACCUGCAAGAGAGUAAUGGGCUCCUCACGGGAGUGUUUGGUGCCAGUCACUUGGCAGUAAUCUCUUGUCUCUUUGGAAACAUGCACUAAACUUUGGGUAAAGCUACAGAAUGGUGCCCCCCAGACUUUUUCUUCAAGGCAGACUCCCAGUGUUAUGUUUGAUCAAGAGGAAUGAAAGCCAUUAGGAAAAUACUGCACUCUGCAAUAAAACGCAUUAACAAUCUACUAUGGACACUUUUAAUGUCCAUUAAACUGUUACACAAAUUGUCCCUUUUCUACAGCCUUCAUUAUUUUUAACCUGACUUCUGUUUAAAAAAAUACCCCUCAAUUUUUUAUUUUUUUUUUUUAACUCUGCUUCUAAGAAAGUUGAUGCUUUAAAGGGAAAAAAAAAACACCCUUAGUUUCAAACAUGGGUUUUUCAGGCUUCUAAAUUAAUAAUUUCUACACCUGACCCAGUUCCUGCAGCUGCCAAAAAAGAAAAGAGAAAGCUAUUUAAAUUUCUCAUAGAACCAUUUAUCUCUUAAAAUAUGCCAAGGCAAUUUGAGGUGGGGGUGGAGACUCAGCUAUUUAUCUCAGCAGCUUGAUUUUUCUCUUUAUGUUUCUAACUGUCAGGGGGAAAAAACCGGUAGGAAGCUAUUCUUGGGCUAUUAUUGAUGUAUUGUGUUGCCAUUAUGCAGGAUGUCUGCUUUGCUAUAUACGGAAGGACAUUAAUAAUAGCCAUCUCCCCUGCCCCCACCCUCGGUUCCUCUUUGGGAAGAUAUGGUUUAACUGGAGCAUCUGCUGUGUUCAAAUUGCUGCUCCUUCCUCCCCUUCCCCCAGUUCAUUCCCAAACUAGUUUUAGGAACCAGGGCGAAGGAAAAUAAGGAGACAUUAUUUUUGCCAUUUUUCUGCCUACUUCUGUGGUUGCUCCAGGCAAAUAAUUUCCAUGCCCUGUACCUGUCUACCCUUUUUCCUUCCCAUGUAUUGCCCCUGCUUUCAUUUUAAGUUCAUCAAUGCAAAGAAAAAAACUCUUUCUUGCUCUCUUUUUCUCACAAAGGCUGGCUGGCAGAACAGGCUCAGCAGCAGAGCUCUGAUUUGUUAUUACCCAGCAUUUCAUAUCCACAAACGUCGGUUUCAUUAUUUCCAAUUAGCAGGAAAAUGUAUUCCCGUUCCCAUCCCUCCUACCCAGGUUUAAAACAUUGUUAUGAGACUUUAAAGGGUCCGUCGACUUGUUUAAACACUUGGAUGCUUGUUUUAUUUUUGGAAGCAGAGUGUACAGUGAACAGGAAUAGUUUGAUGUUUAAAAAAUAGCCCCAGUUCAGCAUUCCCCUGAAGUGCGGGAAGUCCUGUCUCCACAGGGCUGUGCCAGCAGCGUGACAGCCCAGAGAGCAAAGCCAGCUUGAAAAGGAAAAAGAACUGGCCUGCCCCACUUCAUCUGUGAGAAGAGAGAGGUGAAAAUAAUAAACGUGGCAAGAAAAUAAAGGGCAGAAUUGCUCAGAUUUUUUAUUUUAAUGGCUGUUCCUAUGUCUCCCGCUGAUUUUGUUCCAUAGUAGCUUUGCUUAUUCAGCAUUUUUUAUAAUCAGGACCAUGUGCUUUUUCAAGGUAUCAUUAUUUUUACUUUUCAUUUGUUGAGUUGUAGUCUUGCCCUGGUCCCCAUAAGGUAUGGAGCCACUUUGGCUUGGGCACUGAAUGAAAACAGUUAGGAGCUCUGUCUAGGAGAGCUUACCUGGAAUUUGGAACCAGCAAAUGCAAUAAGAAUAUUUUCCAGUCUGAUAUAGAGAAGUUUUCAAAAUAGGAAUUCUACAUGCCAGGAAUGCCUUCACUGGGGGAAAUGCUUACAUUUCAAAAUGAAAGGGAGAUGGCCAUUCAGUGUAGUUUCUUGUUGGUUUUAUAAUCUUUCUUGGUGGUGUACAAGGAGAAAAAUGACACCCUCUGUUCCCUAGACUAAGCCAGAGCCUAGCAUCUCCUCUGCAAACAUUUGCUCCAGCUCCAGCUUUCCACACUGCUGCAGCAUGGAGUGAGGAAGGCCUGCUAUGGGAACAAGGUCAACUUCAUCCUCUCCACAGCUGCUCCCCAUGGUGAGUCUGCGUCCAGCCUAGGGCUUGAUCCUGCCUUCCCAGCGUGAGUGUUUUGCCAGAAUCAGCUGUUUUCUCUCUGCCAUUAGCUAUGGGAUUGUGUGCAAUGAUGAGGAUUUGCAGGGAGGGAGGAGAAGAUCCUGUUCCAAUUAGGCUGCCUUUGUGCUAAUGUUUCAUUCAGGGCUGCAUGAGAUAAGAGCAGUUUGCACUGAAAUGCACAGCCGGAGGUUGUAGUUUGAGUUUCAACUGUGUUGAGAUGGUACCCAUUGAAAAUCCAAACUGGAGCUCUUUUUUGCAUCUGCCAGUGCUUUACUGACAGCUCUGUGUGGGCUGGAAACCCAUUUCAGUUUUGCAAAUGGACAUUUUGUGCCUUGUCUCCCAAGUGUGAUCUAGUUCUUUGCUUUAUCCACCUAAGGAGUAUUUCUAAUGGGCCUAAGUAGCUAAGCUCCUGACAAGCAUCUCAACAGAACAACCAGCAAGGUGACAAGUAGGCUAUUGACAGAGCUGCCUUUACAAAAAAUGAGUAAAGUAUUCCACUUUCUUCAUCUGUGCCUUUUCAGAGACCUCCUGUGCUCUUUUAUGGACAGCAGAGAAACAGUCCCAGUGCUGAGCAGGGAUGGGAACUAGGAGGGUGAUGGAGAAGAGAAGCAAGAGGCUAAUGCUGAGCAUCUGUUCUCCAUGGGGAUAAGCAAUGGCUUAUCCCAUGAGUGCAGCUUGUCUUGCUGUACACACCCUGUUGUCUGGUGGGCAACUGUUCUGUAGCAGAGGUACUUGGGUAUAUCUCCUCAAACAUCUCUUCCAGCCAGAACUCCAGAGUCAUUCAUAUCUGAAGAUUUCGUUCCCUUAAUAAUGUCUUUUAUAAAAUCUACAUCACUCAUUUUUUAUAUAAUGCUAGAAGAGAAAAUCUGAAGGUGAACCAAAGCUUGAUUGGUGCUACUGAAUUAAAAAGGCUGAUAUGCUCUCAUUUUCAAUCCUCAAAGUAAUGUUUUAGCAAAAUUUUCCCUGCUGUGAUCAGACAGGAAAUGCAAGGUGUAUUGGGAAUGCAGUGAAGGGAAAGAUUUGAUGUUUUGAUGCUCCCACUGUUACCUCCUCUACUGUCUCUUUGGAGAGUGAGAACUGAGUAUUGGUAGAGAUAUGGGCAGAGCCAAGUAAUGGCUGGACUUUCUCUCAUGGUCUUGCUAGAAAGGAUCUGCCUUGGUGAGACAUCAGCUUCCUUGAUGGUCCUAUACUUUUCCAUGCCACAGCUUGUGCUGUGGACAGUCAGAGAGCCUGAAGAGCAGCCUCCAGUGCCUUCCCUCUAGUUAGUCAAAUGAGAGACCUCAAGUACUAAUUCUGCAUUUAUUGAAGUCACUUUCCAGAAGAGAACAAACAGCAGAGGUUUGUCAUGUUUCAGAGCCCAACCUCUCACGCUGGCUUUACCUGUGGGCAGAUACAAGGGGGUCUGAACCACACAUAGCUCAUUCCAGAAGGAUUCCUCUUGGCUACAGGCCCCAUGGAGAACCCCCUAAAGGCUGGGAGAAUUAUUCAGGCCUUUCAGACUGCAAGGAGGAAGUGCCCCCAAGAAUGUAUUUGCCCUGUGUAGCUGCUAUGCUUUGGCCCAUCCCUGCCAGUUGCAGACCUGUGUGCUCCGAGGGCUCCCCAGGGAUGAUCUGUACUGGAUGUGCAGUAGUUCUCAGUGGUUUGAGGUGGUGUUUCAGCUUCAUGGUGGUUGGUGGUUUAGCCCACGAGAUGGAGAAGGUUUUGUGUUGUUGCCUUUGUUGCAGUUGGGAGGGAGCGUGACUGGCUGCUCUCCUGCUUGUCCAGUGUCAGCAGACAGAGGCUCUCAGUGGUGUGAGCAGCAUCUUCCUUUUAAAUGUGAAUCACUAGCCUGGGGAUCUGGGCAAGGGAGGCACAAGGAAGCACUUCCUAUAUGAGGAAUGCUUCUGCUGCACACUCUAUGCCCUGGGAUCCUAAUGAAGUAACAUUACUUGAGCUUUUAGGACUGGUCUCCUUUCUGUCAGAGCUUGGGGGUACCAGAGUUUUACUCCUUGCAGAGCAAAAGCACUACCCAAGUCUGUGGGGGGCCUAAUCCUGCUGCCAUUGGAAUUUUCCCGAUUCCUGUGACUUGCUGAGUGCACCUCCUGUGAGCUGCUGAGUAGCCUCCCUUGUCACUGAACCCAUUAGGCCACUUGUCUCCCUCACUGACUACUUUCAUUGGGCUUUGAGGGCACUCAGGAAAUGCAAUCAGCACCUUACAGGAUCAAUCUGCUAAGCAAUAAAUGAAGUUUUUUCUCUGGUAACUUGUGUGCAUGAAUUGAAAAUCAUUUAUUCCAAUUUGUUCUGAGGACAGAUGCAGCAUAUACACAUUUUCUAUAUUUAUAAAUAUAUAUAGAUAUAUAUAUUUUGUUCUCAGCUAGUUACCUCUUCUAAACUGCAAUUUUCAGAGCAACCGGCAUAUAUUUUUUAUUCAACACUUAAAAUGACUUUUUACAGUAAGAGAAUGAAAGCUGUUUUAAGCAUGUGUUUUCUGUAUUUUUAUUAUGCAUUAUCCAAUUAUAUUGAGAUGUAUUUUCCUCUUUGCUCUGCUCUUUCGGUUGUUAUCCUUUUUAUCAGUUAUGCUUUUCAAAUGUUUUGUAAGGGAAAAUAAAUAUGCAAAAUCGCCAGAUGCCUUUUUUCUUUGCAGAAGAAGUAUCACAAAUGCUUUUUUAUUACAUUUUACCAAUCCAAUAAACUUCUUAUAAAUUUCA